CAUUCAACGAAGACUUUUGCUGCUCAUGCAAACCACAAAUUAAUCAUAAUUUCUCAAGCGAAAAAAAAGGCUCAAAAUAUCCACAAGAAUCGAUUUUGGAGUUUCGGAGAAACUGAAUUUAUCGUGGAAGAAAUCGUAGACGCGAGCGGAUCGCCGUCGUCUCUAAUCCUUUGCAGAGCAGGAUGGAUGAUGCUCAGAAUGAAACAGGAAAUGUUCCUCAGGGAUCUUCUCCUGCACAAAAGAUCUCAUCUCCAGCUGAUGAUCAAUCAGGUGUUGCUGUCUCUCCAGCCAGAAAGAUUAAUGGAGAGAUGAAUGCUUCUGAACCAGCAGCCAGGGAAAAUCCAGUUAGAAAUCCUCAGGUUGAAGACAAUGGAAUGGGAGCUUCAGUGAAGGAUCUUCCCAUGCCUGUGGUAGCUGGAGAUUCUUCCCUUACAACACAGGAGAAUCGACAAUCGCUUGAAAGCGUCAACGGAGCAAUUCAUGCAGAAUCCAUUUUGUCAAGUACAUUGGAAACGAAGCAGGAUAAUGCCUCAUCUCGAUCAGCCAGGGAGAAGGAAAAUUCAGAUGGCCAUGAUCACCUCACUGCUAAGGCUGCAACAAAUUCCGACCAAAAACUGUCUAACAUUGACACAGCAGCCCCUUUCGAGUCUGUGAAAGCUGCGGUUUCCAAGUUUGGAGGCAUUGUCGAUUGGAAAGCUCACCGUGCACUAACUGUGGAGAAACGGAAAGUCAUGGAACAAGAACUGGGGCGAGCGCAGGAGGAGAUACCAUUGUAUAAGAAACGGUCUGAGAAUGCUGAAGAGGCCAAACUUGAGGUUUUAAAAGAGCUGGAGAACACUAAGGCACAGAUCGAAGAAUUGAAACUUAGUUUGGAAAGGGUGCAAAAAGAGGAAGAACAAGCGAAACAGGAUUGUGAGCUCGCCGAGCUCCGGGUGGCAGAGAUGAAGCAAGGUAUUGCUGAUGAAGCCAGCAUUGCAGCCAAGGCGCAGAUUGAGGUUUCUCGAGCAAGGCAUGAAGCUGCAGUUUCGGAACUCAAAUCUGUUAAAGACGAGCUGGAACAGCUCAAGAAAGACCAUUCUCUCUUGUUAGCUGAGAAAGAUGAGUCCAUAAAGAAGAUGGAGCAAGCAAUCUCCACAUCGAAAGAAAUAGAGAAGUCUGUCGAGGAUUUGACUAUAGAACUUAUUACGGCAAAAGAAUCAUUGGAGUCUGCACAUGCUGCUCACCUGGAGGCAGAGGAACACAGAAUCGGAGCAGUUAUGGCAAAAGAAGAGAACAUACUCAACUGGGAGAAGGAGUUGAAGCAGACAGAGGAAGAGCUCGAGAAAGCAUCGCAGCAACUUUUGGCGACAAAGGAUCUCAAAUCAAAACUGGACUCUGCAAAAGCACUACUGCAGGAUCUGAAGGGUGAAUUAACAGCUUACAUGGACUCGAAACCAGAGCAAGGGAAUGCUGAAGAAGGCAACUUCAAUGAUGCACUCAAGGAACCACGUAAAGGAACGCGAAGAAAUGUCGAGGCAGCUCUCUCAGCUGCAAAGAAAGAACUUGAGCAAGUAAACAACAACAUCGAGAAAGCAACAAACGAAGUCAAUCAAUUGACAGACGCUGCUUCAUCGUUGAAAUCAGAAAUCGAGAAAGAAAAGGCAGAACUUGCUUCAAUUCAGCAGCGAGAAGGAAUGGCAUCGAUUGCUGUUUCCUCUCUUGAAGCCGAGCUGAGUAAAACAGAAUCAGAGAUUUCCGUUGCGCAGGCGCAGGAGAAAGAACAAAGGGAGAAAUUUGCGGAUCUCCCGAAGCAACUGCAAGCGGUGGCUCAGGAGGCUGACCGAGCAAAGGAACUCGAAAAGAUUGCCUGCGACGAGCUUAAAAGGGCCAGGGAAGAAGCUGAACAAGCAAAGGCUGGGGCCAGUACAAUGGAGAGUCGACUACGGGCAGUUCAAAAGGAGAUAGAAGCAGCAAAAGUUUCCGAGAAGCUGGCAAUGGCAGCUGUAAAUGCUUUAGUCGAGAGUGAGUCUGCCAAUGCUGAGGAUUCACCAACCAGAGUGGCUCUGUCGUUAGAUGAAUAUUAUGAACUUAGCAAGAAGGCUCAGGAAGCUGAAGAGCAGGCAAACAUUCGAGUGGCAACUGCUCUGUCUGAAAUCGAGGUAGCUAAGGAGUCGGAAUUGGAGAGCUUGCAUCGACUAGAAGAAGCUAACCGUGAACUGGCAGAAAGGAGAGAUGCCCUGCAAGAUGCAUUGCACAAGUCUGAGAAAGCCGACGAGGGGAAAUUAGGCGCCGAACAGGAGUUAAGAAAAUGGAGGGCCGAGAAUGAGGAAAGACGAAAAGCUGGCGAUUCUAUUGCAACAUCAAAGACAUCAAAUGUAAGCCCAAAAGAUAGCUUUGAAGAGAGAUUGGAAACAAUGAAUCCUGUCAAUGCACCUCAUUCUUCUGCUUCCCAACUGAGCUCCACUCCGGGUUCAUAUUCGAGCGGCGCUCAGUCUUCUGAUGUGCAGCUGCAAGUCAAAGUUCCGAAGAAAAAGAAGAGAUCUAUCUUCCCAAGGAUCUUUAUGUUCCUCAGCAAGAAGAAGCCGCAAUCAUCGAAGUCAUGAGCUGUGACUGUGAGUAUCAUCACAGGAAAUGAAUUUUCACUAGCCCUCCCAUUUAAUUUAUUCAUGUUCAGCUGUACAGAAGCAUGGUUGUGUACCAUAGAUAGCAGGCAAAGCCACACUAAAACUUUCUUACAGAACUUCACCAUUGUAUAUGGUGUGUUGAAAGGUUGAAUAUCAUUUUGUAACAUAUUUACAGUUACAAUAGGACUUGUAAAAAGUCUGUACACACUUCUGUACUUGCCAUAACCUGGUUUUUGGAAUUCAAAUCUUUUGUUUUUGUACCAUAUGUAUG